AUGUCGGACCGCGUGGCGCAAAUCACCAACCACCUCAACUACCCCAAGGGCCUCCUCGCCGGGCAGGUCGCCAUCGUCACCGGCAGCGGCCAGGGCAUCGGCGCCGAAACUGCGCGUCUCUUUGCCAAUGAAGGCGCCAAGGUCGUCGUGACCGACAUUGACGCCAAAAAGAGCGCCGCCGUGGCUGACGACAUCAAAAAGGCCGGCGGCCAGGCCAUCAGCGUCCCCGGCGACGUCCUCGACAAGACCUACAUCCAGCUGCUCGUCGACAAGGCCGCCGAGUUUGGCGGCGGCAAGAUCCACAUCAUCGUCAACAACGCCGGCUACACCUGGGACGGCGUCAUCCACAAGAUGACGGACCAGCAGUGGGAGACGAUCCUCGCGCUGCACGCCACCGCGCCCUUCAACCUCGUCCGCGCCGCCGCGCCCUACUUUCGCGUCAAGGACGGCGAGCCCCGCUGCAUCGUCAACAUCUCCUCCACGUCGGGCGUGCACGGCAACGCCGGCCAGAUCAACUACGCCCUCGCCAAGGCCGGCGUCACGGGCUUCACCAAGACGAUUGCCAAGGAAUGGGGCCCGCAGUUUGGCGUGCGCGCCAACGCCGUCGCCUUUGGCCACAUUGCGACGCGGCUGACGGCCGCCAAGGAGGAGGGCGCCUUUGUCGAGGGCCCCGACGGCAAGAAGAUUGCGCUGGGCAUCCCGCAGGCGCAAAAGGGCACCGGGUCGGGCGCUGCGCCGGCCAAGAGCGACAUCCCCCUCGGCAGGCCGGGGACGGCGACCGAGGCGGCGGCCAGCAUCCUGGCAGUGGCGAGCCCGUUGUUUUCCUACGUGACUGGCCAGACCAUCAUGGUGACGGGCGGCCGCAACAUGUAG